AGAUCCGGCCAGGCAGACAAAAGUUUGGGAGAGAAGUUCCGUCCGUGCUGAGUGUGAGAGCGAGGGGGGCGGGGGCCGGGAGCAGUGGGGCGGCUGGGCAAAUCGACGCGUGGACAGAUAGACCUGCGGACGGGACAGCCGUAGGCCCUUCAAGCCCUGCUUAACCCCUGAUGCGCGGGGGUUCGCAGCCCCUCUUGCUGGGGGAUGCUGGGGGAUUCCUGGCGCCGGGCAUCUGGGCCGCCCGCUAAAUCCUUGUGCCUCCCCUGUGCCCCUGGGGAACCGGAGCCCGGCCGCAGGCAAAGAGAAGCGGUGGCCGAGACGCUGCAGGGUGCGGGGCAGGGAGGGGGCUGGAGGCCCCAGGCCCGAGGGCAUGGAGCGGUUGGGAGAGAAAGCCAGUCGCCUGCUGGAGAAGUUAAGGCUCUCGGACUCCGGCAGCGCUAAGUUCGGCCGCAGAAAGGGUGAAUCUAGCCGGUCUGAUGGGACCCCCGGGCCGGGCAAAGGGCGCCUGAGUGGGUCGGGGGGACCUAGAAAAUCAGGGCCCCGUGGAGCUACCGGGGGACCUGGGGAUGAGCCGCUGGAACCAGCCCGGGAGCAAGGACCCCUGGACGCUGAGCGGAACCCGCGCGGCUCCUUUGAGGCGCCGCGCUACGAGGGCUCCUUUUCCGGGGGGCCGACUCCCACCCGGGCCUUGCCUCUACCUCAGUCCUUGAACCCAGACUUUCGGUUGGAGACCACGGCCCCGGCCCUAAGCCCCCGCUCCAGCUUUGCCAGCAGCUCUGCCAGCGACGCGAGCAAGCCGUCCAGCCCCCGAGGCAGCCUGCUGCUGGACGGGGCGGGGGCUGGCGGCGCCGGGGGGAGCCGACCCUGCAGCAAUCGCACCAGCGGCAUCAGCAUGGGCUACGACCAGCGCCACGGCAGCCCCCUGCCCGUCGGGCCAUGCCUGUUCGGCCCGCCUCUGGCCGGGGCUCCGGCCGGCUACUCCCCUGGAGGGGUGCCGUCCACUUAUCCCGAGCUCCACGCUGCCCUGGACCGACUUUGCGCUCACCGGCCCCCGGGGUUCGGCUGCCAGGAAAGCCGCCACUCGUAUCCCCCGGCCCUGGGCAGCCCUGGGUCUCUAGCCGGGUCCGGAGUGGGAGCGGCGGGGCCCUUGGAGAGACGAGGGGCGCAACCCGGACGACAUUCGGUGACCGGCUACGGGGACUGCGCUGCGGCCGCCCGGUACCAGGAGGAGCUCACAGCGUUGCUGCGCUUGACGGCGGGCACAGGUGGACGUGAGGUCGGUGCCCGUGGGGAUCCCUCGGGGAUGGAGCCGUCUGGUCUCGAGGAGCCACCGGGUCCGUUCGUCCCGGAGACCGCCCGACCCCGCAUGCGGGAGCCCGAGGCCAGAGAGGACUACUUCGGCACCUGUAUCAAGUGCAACAAAGGCAUCUAUGGGCAAAGCAACGCCUGCCAGGCCCUGGACAGCCUCUACCACACCCAGUGCUUUGUCUGCUGCUCCUGUGGGCGAACUCUGCGCUGCAAGGCUUUCUACAGCGUCAACGGCUCUGUGUACUGUGAGGAGGAUUAUCUGUUUUCAGGGUUUCAGGAGGCAGCUGAGAAAUGCUGUGUUUGUGGUCAUUUGAUUUUGGAAAAGAUCCUACAGGCAAUGGGCAAGUCCUAUCACCCAGGCUGCUUCCGAUGCAUCGUGUGCAACAAGUGCCUGGAUGGCAUCCCCUUCACAGUAGACUUCUCCAACCAGGUGUACUGCGUCACCGACUACCACAAAAAUUAUGCUCCUAAGUGCGCGGCGUGCUGCCAACCCAUCCUCCCCUCGGAGGGCUGUGAGGACAUUGUGAGGGUGAUAUCCAUGGACCGAGAUUAUCACUUCGAGUGCUAUCACUGUGAGGACUGCCGGAUGCAGCUGAGUGAUGAAGAAGGCUGCUGCUGUUUCCCUCUGGACGGGCACUUGCUCUGCCACAGCUGUCACAUGCAGCGGCUCAGCGCUCGACAGCCCCCUGCCAACUAUCUCUGAGCUGCAGUCACUGCUGCUGCCAUCACCACCACUGACAAAUUCCUCUGGCCAGUGGGCCCCUGAGGCCAGCUGAGGCAAAGGAUGUACUUUGCAGGCCUGGCAGAAGAGUCCUUUGGGGAGGGCCCCAAGGGCCAGAGACCCAAAGAUCAUGACAUUCCAAAUGGAUUGUGGAGGAGGGACCUUCCAGUUACCAUGGUGGGGGUGACCGGCCUCCUUUCCACAUGUGCAGCCUGUGCUGUAGCAUGUGCUUCAGCACACACCGGCGGCUCCAAUACACUGUAAAGGUCUGAUUCCAGUCUGUAUCUCCAGUAUAAGUCUGUGCGUAAGUCAGGCAACGUUGUCCUGGAUUAUAGGAAGGGAAGAUGUCAUGGAAGCUCCUGACUAUUUUGUACCCCACACAUGGGGUCAGAUAGGAGGGCAACCAGGUUCUUACCACACCACAGUCUCUUAUUUCUGUAUCUAGAUGAAGAGGUGGACCUUAUACAUGAGUUACUUCUUGGCCACCUUCUCUCUAAGGACUAAGAGAGCUGCUCACCUCCAGGCUGGGAACAGAGACCAGCUCCAGGUGGGCCUGCUGCCGGUAUCGCCUGAUUCUCAGGGACUCACGUGAGCCCGGGAAGACUAACGGGGUGCCUGUACUUCUCCUCAGCUGGUGGAGGUGGUAAUGAGUGGGUCUCGGGGUAUGGAAUUGCUGGGGGAGACAUUUUUGAAGCUUCAAGCUAUUCACACUCCCCAGGUGGAAGUGCAUCGAGCCCUUCUGCCCAGUAUAUGCACCCACGGGCGUAUUCUCACACACACGCACUCACUCCCUUCUCUCAGGUCACUCUUGCACCUGGUUCCCUGCAGCAGCUCACUUCUCCAGAGCUGCCGCCUUUCAGAGGGAUCCAGGAUUACAUCUACUGUAACUCCCAAACUCUGAGGUUCUGGGGCGCCAGAGGGGCAAAACACUUUGACUUGGUUCUAGUUCACUUUUGCUGAAAUUCGUUUACCUAAAGCUAGAUCUCUUAAAACCGUUUCACUGAAAACCUGUGUGUUUAAAGUUACUACCACUGCCAAAAGCUCAAAUCCCUUUUGGGUAUUUUUUUAUUUUUAUUUUUAUUAGCCAUUUAGGUAUUCUAUUCUCUUUUGUCAUGCUUUGGGUAUUUCAAGGAUUUAUAUCUAUUCAUCCAAGAGUACUUCUGAAUUAUCAGUAACAUAAAUUUAUCAAAAUUGCAGCACUUUGUAAAUGAUAAGAUUGCUUCCUCCUACCUUUAUGUUAUUUACUGUUCAAACACUUUUUUUAAAAAAGCUUAAAGUUUCUAGCAAUAAAUAUAAUUGGUACAGACA